AUGACCGAUACCGAUGGUGCAGCUUCUUUCAUCGAACCUCCUUCCAACAGCGAUGAGAACGAUGUUGAUUCAUUACCCUCAGAACCAGACUCGGACGAAGUCACAGUGAGCGAAGAUUAUUCCGAUUCCGACGCAGAAAGAGAGUGGAAGGAAAGUUUGCAACAGCUAGAACUACUUCUUUCUAUGGUGGUAGUCCCAUAUGUAGGGAAAUAUUUCGGGAGGAAGUUUGCCUAUUGGGGUUGGAAACAGUUCAUGGAGUGGAAAUACCCCGCAGAAGUGGUAAUUACGAACAAGGCUGCUUUCAAAGGAGUUGGUGCAGUCAAAGCCGCAGCUUCGUUGUAA